AGGAGGGACUCCAUCAUUUAAAGAAGACAGAAGUUCCUGGUUUACCAGUGAGGAAGGAAGAGAGGCAGCAGUAAACCAUCAGAGCGUCAACAUGAAAGUCCAUCACACCUUGAUCUGUUUCUUCUUCCUCUCUCUGCAGGAUGGAAACACUCUGGUCAAUGCCCAAACCAUUGUCUAUACAGGAACUGGAGGAGGAGCUGUCAAAGUUAAAUGCUUUUCUUAUUAUGGAGGCAGGAAGUUCUUCUGCAAGGAAGGAUGUAAUCAAGAGGACAUUCUCAUUCAAACUACUGGUGUUACAGCUCACAAUGGCAGAUACAGCAUGACAUAUGACGGAACUUUUACAGGAGGAAAUGUUUUUGUGACCAUCACACAGCUGACCAAGUCAGACUCUGGACUGUACUGGUGUGGUUCUGGAGCUCAAUACCAGCUGAUUGAAAUCAUCAUUGUAGAUGCACUGCUGGAUGGAAAUCCUCCUGUAAGAACCUUCUAUCCAAGACCUGGAGGAAGUAUCACAGUUGCUUGUUUCUUUACUGUCUCUGGAAGCAGGAAGUACUUCUGUAAGGACGACUGUAAAGAAGAAGAUAUUCUUGUUGAAACAACUGGUGGAAGAGAUCAGAAAGGCAGAUACAGAAUUAGAUAUGAAGGAGGAUCUGCUACAGGAGGAUUUGUGUAUGUGAGCAUCACACAGCUGACCCAGUCUGACUCAGGACAGUACAGGUGUGGUCUGGACAGACCUUUCUUACCAGACCCUUACCAGGAGUUUAGGAUCAUUGUCACAGAUGGUUCAACCACUUCUAAACCAAACUUGACUCUACCGGCUGUUUCAACAUCAGUCCCAUCAACCUUCACACCAACAACACAGCAGACAACAGCAACUACAGAUGUGUGGCUGUAUGUGGGACUGACUCUGGCUGCCCUGGUUGUGCUAUUAUCACUGGCUGUGCUGGUGUACUGCAGGAAGAAGUCUACUAAACCCAAAGAACCUCGUGAGGAAACAGAGUACACUUCUGUCACAGAGACUGAAGACGACUCGAGUAACCUCAUCUACUCUAAGUUGAAUUUUUCCAACCGGACCGUUGGCUCACCCAGCAGCGCCCCCGGUGGUGACAGUGAUAAUGUUGUGUACUCUGUGCCUCGGGUAAAAGCAAGCUCUGAUACCAGCCGGGCCGGAGAUAUUCUGCCUGUGUACUCACAUGUAGUCUGUGUGCCAGUGCUCCUUCAAAAACCCUCUUGGAGCUCAGUACUGGCUCUUUCUCCUCCCUGAGACAACCAUUUUGUUUUGGUUUGAUGGUUUAAUUACAACAGAGCACUCAAACACUUCUCAUGCACUCAUCUCCCUGAUCUCAUAUACUACUGUUAGUUAGGUUUUCCUUUUAGGUUUAUUAUUUGUGUAGAUUAACACAAAAAUCUGUGUGAUAUUAAUUUUUCACGUAAUAAGAUGUUAUAGUUCCGUCCUCAGUGACAUAAACACAAUAGUGCUGCCUCAACAGUUUCCUUCAGGCUAGAGCUACUUUUACUAUAUCAAUCAUAUUUAUUUAAAAAUGAAAAAGUAAUUUUAUUAUACAUUAUUAAAGUAUUAUCACUGUAUCACAGUAAGUUAUUUUGGUUAAGAUUAAGAUAAGAUGGUUUACAGAAAUUGUAACUUUUCUGAAAAUUAAAAAGAUUCAUAAAUAGAAACAAAUAUUUAGAUAUGAAAUAUAAUUUCUGAAGUGUGAUGUGGACAUGUGUAUUUCUAAAAGACUUUGUUUCACGAUAGUACACGAAACUGCCUACAUGUUUACACACAUUCUGUUUAUGCCCUUUAGGAAAUUACUGAAUGAAUAUUUGGAAUGAAAUCUGAUCAUCAAGGCUCUGGUGCCAUUUUGUGUUUUAGAUGUGUAAUAUUAUUCUGAUGUUUUGCUUCAUGACAGUCGAGUCAUGCCGAUUUAAGCUGAAAGGGCACGUGCCCCACCAGAUAUUUGAUAGCUUGAGUUAUUUCAUUUUAUUUUUUAAAUUUCAUUUCUAUUUUAUAAUACGUAAUUAUAGUCAUUUAAUAUAUAGGCCCACUCAGGGUGCAAUGCAUGUAAACAUGCAUAAAUGUUAAUGAAAACUCUUAUGUCUCAAGUCACUGCUGACUUUUGAAUAAUGCUGUAGCUGUAAAACGAGUGGAGAGUAUUGCAAGAUUUUGUUGGAAAACAAAUGAAAUACAUUAGUGAACUCUUUACUCCUCAUCGCUUCAUUUAAGUCUCUUCUUAAAACACACUUUUAUAGUCUUGCCUUCUGGUGAUCCUUUUAACCACAGUUUUAUUGUUUUAGCUUUCAUUUUUAUUUGUUGUGUGGUAUAUUUUUCACACAAUAUUCAUAUUAGCUGUAACGUUACAUGUAAUUUCUAUCUUGGUUUAACUUUGGGCUUAUUUUGUCUCCAUAGGAGAUUUCUUAUGAACUGGGCUCAGGGCAAGGGCAUUAGAUCUGUCAGAAAAUACCAGGAAUAUUUCCUGUUAUGUUCCAGAGAACCAGGAAAAGUUCUUGACAAGGACAUGGGAUAAUAAAUUGGGGAGAUCGAUUACUCAGUUUGUACAUGAUGCUCACAAUUUCUUCUUCCACCACAAUUGCUAUGUUUUACAUGUUUAUUGCUUAUAUAUAUAUAUAUAUAUAUAUAUAUAUAUAUAUAUAUAUAUAUUACUGAUGGUACUAUGAUUCUUAGUGUUUGAGUCCUGAUGUUUUUGUUGUUUUACCCUGUAAAUUACUUUCCUUUAAACAUUAUCAUUAUUAUCAUUAUCAUACUAAUAUGUUCAGUAUCACUUUUGUGACUUGCCAUACAUUCAUUAACUCCCUUAUUAUGUCAAGAGAAAACAUAAUUUGGUCUGCAUCACCUUUAUUUUCUGUUGCAAAUGAGUUGUAUAUCAAUGUAAUUUAGAAAGAUUUACAAUCCAAGCCUUUGAGAACAACUACUUCAACACUCCAGCAGCAGAGCUUGAAAUAAAAGGCUGCAGACAGAUGGCGAGCUGGCCUUCUUGCUGUUGGACUAGUCAGUAAUAUUAGCUUGCUAUGUCUUGUGUUGUUGCACUUGCUUGAUGUUUGGCUGUGUUAGCAAAGUUGACAACUUGCUAGUUUUUAAGCAAUGUGAUCUUAACAAAUGCACAUGUGCAGCUGUACAUAUUUCCCACAGCGGUAUUGGAGAUGAGGGUGCCAAAUCGCUUGCAACAAUAAUAUGUAUCUGACAUUCAUUAAAAAAUCCAGAAUCCAUGAA